AUGGCUGGGGAUGGCUCAGAUGCGGCAUUUGCCUAUCAUGAACCACCAAUAGCAACCGUACUCAACCAGACUGGGUUUCUUGUGGUUUUGAAUCUCGUGAAUGUUUGCCUUGACAAACUUUUAUACUGUGGGCUCAUUGGGCAGCUCUUCAUCGGUAUUCUUUGGGGUACCCCUGGAGCAAAAUGGCUAGAUCGCGAGACAGAAACUGUUAUCCAGCAAUUGGGAUAUCUGGGACUGAUUAUGUUAGUAUAUGAGGGCGGUCUAUCAACAUCGAUCAAGUCCGUGAGAGCAAACUUGAUGGUUUCUCUCUGCGUUGCGAUCACUGGAAUUGGAGCGCCGAUGGGCUUGUCCUUCAUUCUUAAGGAGUUAGUCGGAGCAACCUCAUUGCAAGCUUUUGCUGCAGGUGCCGCUCUAAGCGCAACGAGCCUUGGCACUACCUUUACGAUCCUAUCGACAACAAAUCUGAUCUCUACGCGCCUGGGUACAGUUACUACUAAUGCUGCAAUGAUAGAUGAUGUCGUCGGUCUCGUUAUGGUCCAAAUCAUUUCAAAUCUUGGCGGGUCGUCCUUUACUGCGGUGACAGUUAUCCGACCAGUCUUCGUUUCUAUUGGUCUUGCCGUGGGUCUUUACCUUCUAUGCGCAUGCUUCAUCAGGCCGGUUUUCAAGAGAGUUAUCUCUGCUAAGCCGAAAAUCCCUAAUUUCAUGGGAAGCAUGCAGUUUGCAUUUUUAUACCAGACAGCCUUUCUGGUGGGAAUUGUUGCCGGUGCGACUUAUGCAGGCACGUCAAGUCUAUUUGCGGCUUACCUUGCGGGUGUUAUUGUUACAUGGUUUGAUGGCAUGAUCGCAGAGUUGAAGAUACUACCUGGCACUGUUCCUCCGGACACUCCUCGCAAGGACCCUAAUUCUUCAAACCCCGGAGCCCAAGACAACGGCACCCCUUCCCUGAGCGGACAGUGCCAGACUUCAGAUGCAGCUUCUACAAGUACACGGUGUGAUGAAUCACCAACAGGGGGAAAGGUUUAUGAGAAAUAUUAUAAACAGCCAGUCGUUCGAAUUCUGACACCGCUGUUUUUCGCAUCGAUUGGGUUUGCAAUUCCUAUCACCGAGAUGUUUAAGGGAAAUGUAGUUUGGCGCGGCGUCAUUUAUGCCCUUCUGAUGAUGUUCGCAAAAUUGAUUACUGGUAUUUGGCUCGUCCGCUUCUCCUUGCGUCCCCUCUCGAGCUUCGCAAGUGGACUGAAAAGACCAUUUUCUCGCAUUCCCCUCUUCUGCGUGUCUAAGAGAACCGAUAAAUUACAGAAAGGAAAGCAACAGACCGCAGUUGAAACCCCCAUUCAAUCAUCCGAGGAUUCCGCAGGCGUCUCGAAUAGCCAAUCAAACACCCAAAACCAAAUGACCAAGAAUCAUGGGUCUUCGCCUAGUGAGAAACCAGCCAGUCAGCCUGAGUCUCAAGAUGAACCUCAAGCAACAACCUCACGACGAAGUUCAGCGGUGACAUUCCCUCCGAAGCCGAAGUCGUUAUACCCUUCAUCGAUUCUCGGAUUGGCCAUGGUUGCAAGAGGAGAGGUUGGAUAUCUCAUCGCUUCACUCUCACAAAGCCAAGGCCUCUUCGCAAGCGGGUCCUCUGGUGAGAUAUCUGAGAUCUAUUUGGUUAUCAUCUGGGCGAUAUCUAUUUGUACGCUUAUUGGGCCAAUUUGUGUGGGUACCCUCGUCAAACGCGUGAAAAAGUUACAAGAGUUGCGAGGGAACUCUGGCUCGGAUCCGUUAGGCGCGUGGGGAAUCUGA